AUGGGAACUUGUGUUUAAAGUGGAAAUUAGAAAUAAAAUUAAAGCAACACAUAUGAUUAAGUCAGACUAAAUGAAAAUAGACAUGUUUAAAUUGAUCCAAAACAAUAAUUGGAAUGGAAAGUAAAUAAAAUAGAGAUGUAAAUAUCUGAAAUAUGCAGGAAAGUAUACUAAAACCAUAAUUAAAGGUAGAAGAAUUCUAAAAGCAAUAACUAUAAGAAAAUUAAAAUAGACAUCAUUAAAUGGUAUAAAUAAUAAUAUAUAAUUAGUAGAAAAACUUAAAUGAUUCUGAAAAUGAUUCAUCAAACUUACAAGUUGACUUAAAUUUGAGAUCAUUAAAUUUUCAAGUAUAGGAUAAGACAUAGUAAAGAAAUUCUUCUCUUUUUGAAAGUGAGAAAAAAUAAUAAAGUUCAUUCACCUAAGGUUUAUCAUAACAAGAAAAAAAUCAUAAUCUAUUUAGUAGUCAGAGACAAAUAAUAAAUUGA